AUGGCGACGAAUACGACGUGGCCGCUCCAGGAAGAGCCGGCUGGUUCGAAGCCGGCGUCGACAGUCAUUGUGGCUGAGUCGGAUGGUAUUAAAGAAGAUUUGGGUAAAGGCGAGACGCUGGUCGUCGGUACAACAAAUUUGUAUGUGAACGGGCAAUUGAGGCUAAUUCCUAUGCCCACGCCUGACCCUAAGGACCCAUUAAAUCUCCCAAAUUGGCGAAAAUGGACAGCUGUUAGCUGCCUGUGCUUUUUCGGCGCCCUCGCUCUAUCAGCAGAAGUUGUCAUCGGAGGCCUUUUGCCUAUUUUCAUUCUGGAGUACUCUGGCGUCGAUCCCAGAAUCAUUAAUAAUAUUGACUUUAAAGAACAAAGCGGCGGAAAUAGUCUAAAACUCAACCCCAUGUCCGUCGUUCCACCCGGAGUCAAGCCAGCCCCGCUCGACCAAGUUACCUUGCUGGCCACUAUUCCCCUGUUGGCGAACGGCGUCGCGAGUUAUUUCCUUGUACCUAUAUCUAUCUGGAUUGGUCGUCGCCCUGUGCUCCUUUUUGCUGCGACUUGUGCCUGGGCUGGUGGACUCUUUGCUGCGCUGAGCACAACCUUGAACCAACACUUACUGGCCAGGGGGCUUAUGGGUCUCGGUGCAGGCGCGGUCGAGGCAUUGAUUCCGCUGAUUGUUCAAGAUUUAGUGUUUAUCCACCAGAGAAAUAAGGCCAUGUCGGCUGUCGUGUCUAGUCAAGGUAUCAUCAUUAUCGGGCUAGGUGUGGCAGCACCCUGGGUCUCCGCCAACUACACUUGGAGAUGGCUUUACUACAUCACUUCCGGCUUGGGUAUCUUAGCCUGGGCUCUCCUGAUUGCUUUCCUCCCCGAGACUAGAUGGAGUAGAUCGCAGGAAGAGCUGAGCGGCCAAAAUGCCUCGUCUCUUGCCCCCGGACAGAACCGACCCGAGCUAGAUUACACGAAUUACACUCCUAGAACAACUUGGACGAAUAUCGGAGUAUUUCAGAACGGCUUUGAAUUCAAGCGCGCUGCAAAGUCCAUGUUCGAUGCGCUGCGCUCCACCUACUUCCCCGCCAUCAUUUGGGCCGUCCUUGCCAACAGUAUUAUGAUCAUCAACAAUCAGGCUGCGCAACAAAUAACCCCCUUUGCGCUGCUGGCUCAGGGCUGGCAGUUUCAAUGGACAGGUUUGACCGUGCUGCCUUUCUUUCUAUCAUCAGCAUUGGUCUAUAUCUUUGGAGGUCCCGUGGCUGAUAAGAUCUCAAAUGCGGUAACAAAGUGGAACGGCGGCAGUCGUAAACCGGAACACCAUCUCGCUAACUUAAUUAUUCCUUUUCUUUCGGCUGUAGCAGGGUCUUUCCUUUUCGGCACUGCUGGCGAAAGAAACCUUCACUGCUACCCGCAAUGGGCAGGGCCGGUCCUAGUUAAUGUUUCCUCUUUACGUAUUGUUAUUGCCUUCUUCCUGGCCUCUAAAGCCACCGUCUGGAUCGCCGAAAAAGGACCAAUGGAAACAUUCGCCCUAUAUGCCGAGACCAUCAUCAUUCUAUUUCUUGGGAUCCCGGUUUUGUAUUUCUUCGGUAAAAGAAUGCGUCAGUGGACAGCCGGUAGUGUCAAGAACCACCAGAGCGACAAAGAAAAGUCACUCGACGACAGCGCUUCUGUCUGA